UCUCUCUCUCUCCCUGUCUCGCUCGCUCUUUGCUUUGCUGCUUUACUGAGGGAAUAAGCUGCCGUCUAUUUUUGGACUUUAUCGUGGCCAUGUUUUUCUGUCCCCCUCUCUCUCUGUCGCCGCUUUUUUGUGUUAAUGUAGGUUUUUAGACCAGCGGGCCGGCGUGCUGUUUGAUUCAUGUCUGGGCGAGUUGUGAGCAUCAAACAGCCUCCACCGUGUAGUUUUUUGGGCUUCUCAAUGGAAGACAUCUCUCCACUCGCUGCGAGCGAAGGAGUGCGGCACAUAUUCGCUUUGCGUGUGUAUUCCCGCAGAGGAGCGAGAGACUCUUUCUGAAUGAGGCUCUGAAGGGAAGGGGCGCGGGCAGCAGACCUGUCGGUGUUCGAGCGAGACCCGUUUGGCUGGACGAGCUCGUGCCGGCGGUUGUGGAUUCCGUGGGCGGAAAGCCUUUUCACAUUUUGAUCUUACCCAGCAGCGAGGGUACGGGGGAGGUCAAGGUGGGAUACAUGGAUUUCACAAGAAGAGAAGAUUAAUUAGAAGGUUCAAACUCCUCCAGAAGUGAGACGCUGACCCUUUCCAAGCUUUUUGUCUAGACUAGUCAAAGAGCUUUCCCCCACUACUUUCCACUGUACCCUGUUUCUGCUGCUAACUCUAACCAGACAUCAUGGGUACAGUGUUAUCGCUGUCUCCUAGCUACCGCAAGGCAGCCUUGUUUGAGGAUGGGCCGGCCACGGUGGGCCACUACACCGCCGUCCAGAACAGCAAGAAUGCCAAGGAUGCCGCUGCUGCAGCAGCAAAGUCCCUAAAACGUCCCUCAAUCAUCAGUGUGCUCCCAUGGAAACGUAUAGUGGCUGUAUCAGCGAAGAGGAAGGGGUCCAAGAAAUUACAGUCAGACAGCGGGGAUGGGGGGAAAGGAAGCUCUCCGGAUGGUCAUGCAGCCGCCACCACCAACUCAGCCUCCAAUAGCCUGAAGCUCAAGAAGUCUCAGUCCUGUGCUAACCUCUCAUCCUAUUCAUCCAGCCAGGACCCAGCAGCCACCACUACCACUACCUCCUCCCACCUGCCCGCCUCCAAAACCUUGGCUAACGUAGCUACUGUCGUUGCCAAAAAGAAUUCCCUCACAGGUUCUGGGAUCCAGCCUUCCACUGCAGCUGGAACGCCAAAACGAGUCAUUGUUCAGGCAUCCACGAGUGAACUUAUGCGCAGCCUGGGCGAGUUCCUGUGCCGUCGGUGUUACAGAUUAAAGCGUCUAUCCCCGACAGAUCCAGUGCUUUGGCUGCGCAGUGUGGACCGCUCCCUCCUUCUUCAGGGCUGGCAGGAUCAGGGCUUCAUUACUCCAGCCAACGUGGUCUUCCUCUACAUGCUGUGCCGCGACGUGGUCUCAGCUGAGGUGGCCUCGGAGCGCGAGCUGCAGGCCUCACUGCUUACCUGCCUCUACCUGUCCUACUCCUACAUGGGCAACGAGAUCUCCUACCCACUGAAGCCCUUCUUGGUGGAAGCAGAGAAAGAAGCCUUCUGGGACCGCUGCCUGGACAUCAUCAACCGCAUGAGUGGCAAGAUGCUCCAGAUCAACACCGACCCACACUUCUUUACCCAGGUGUUUGCUGAUCUGAAAAAUGAGAGCAAGAAAGAGGAAGAGAAGACCAAGCUCCUCAUAGGCCUUGACCGAUAAGAGGGCGCCGGGAGUGGGGGGGUGGGGGUGGAAGGAUAGACAGUGAAUAUGUUAAGGACAGGAAGACUAAUGUAAUCCAGUGUAAUGUUACCUUUGAGCUGUAAUGUUGUCUGGCGUCUCUACUGGUGGUGAUUAACCAACUUUUCAAAUGUAGAAGAUAGAGCUCGUUGUAUGAAACAGUGUUGAUGAUAAAUUUACCCGAAGGCUGCAGUUAAACAACAAAGUAGAUAAAAUCAGGGUUGCUGAGGUGUUUCUCAAACCGCCAGUCAUGUUGACUGGAUCUGAUUAGAUUCCCAAGAUUAACAGGCUACUUGUUGGCAUUCAGCAUCCAGUUCCCUGAGCUCAGGGUAACAAGUUUUAAAGCUGAGAUACAAUUGUUGAGAUAAGAUAAGAGGAGAUAAGAUAAAACUUUAUUAAUCCCUCGGGUGGGUUCCUCUGGGAAAUUCGGUGAUUCCCAGUAACAAUAUAUCUGACAAUGAAGAAAAGGAAAGUCAUAUUUCAUCAAAAGCAUGACUAGCAGAGAUCAUGAUGUGACAUUAACAGCAUGAUAGAGAGAGCAAGAGAUCCAUUGUACUUACCUUUUACCUUGGGUGUAAAGAAAUUUGUCAGUCUGGCCUUUAUGUUAAGAAAUAAAGUCCUGACUAAGUUUUAUUGUGAAAGUUAAUAGAAACAUAAAUGGGUUUAGAGACGCCAGACAACACAGAUUUAGUUACUGAGGCUGGAUAUAUAAAUAUAUAUAUAUAUACUGUAUAUGUAUACAGUAUAUAUUUAGCAUUGAGGCAUUUUUAUCUAUAGAGAAUUGAACCAUUGCAUGAGGUCACUUCAUAUGUCCUUGCACAUGACCACUUGCUUAUUGCCAACUCCGCUUUACCUUAUUCCUAAAGUCCUUCCCAAGCUUUAUUGCACUCAUCAAAAGUGGUUCUGCAAGGUCCAUUCACAUAACAUAAAGAGUAUUAACUUGCAUAGCGUGGAUGAGAUCAAGUCAACCAGAUUGUUUAAUUGGCACUCCUAUUUAUUGUACUGAAGUGGAUUCAUGCAUCCGCAUAUUAUAUAAAGUACUGUAGUUUUAAAGGAACAUUUGGGUUUAUCCAGUCAAAUAUUCUGGGAAUUAGGAGACCAUUUGUCUAUUUUUAAGAGGAUGACAUGCUAAACCUUUUGGCACAGAUGAAUAAUUAUUAAACAAGCCCUUGUGUAAGCUGUUUACAAAUACGUGGGAAAAUGCAAUACUGACCCCUCCAGGGCACAUUUUACACAGGGAAUGAGCUCAUUUAUUUCUCUUACCCUGCACUUUCUCCUGCAGUCCAUAUUGGUGCUGACGAAAGAAAGAAAGAAAGAAAGAAAGAAAGAAAGAAAGAAAGAAAGAAAGAAAGAAAGAAAGAAUACUUUUAAACGACUACACUCGUGUUGGGUGCAUCACACUGUGUGAAUGACUGGUGGUGAUGGGUCAUGGAGGAUAUGUUCUUAUAGCAGAUCAUGUGAUCGCUUUUCUCGGCCAAUGACUACACACAUUAGUAAUCAAAAGUAAAUGUGAGUAUGCUCCAGCUGUGGAAGUGCAGAGCCAGACACAACAAUCGUAGAUGUGACUUUUCUUCCACAACAACACUUUGAUGUUGCCGUCACCACUUGGUACCAGAGACCUCGGCUGCUGUUUGAAGUCCCAACACCCACCCCUCUUUCUUCUGCUCAUGGCCCUCCACAGCAACAUGGACAAAAUAAAUCAACACAGAUUCUCUCUCUCUCAUUUCGAUCGCUCCGGUCUGGUCUGAACCGGUCGUGUCCUGUCUGGUGCAGUUCAGUCCAGUUGUCCCAUAUUUAGAGACUCUCUGGUCCACUGACCUGAUGGCUUACUUAUUCACGGAGUUGUUUGACAUGCAUGUGUGCUUCUAUAGGUUUCCUAGCAUGCUGCUUUGUGUUGGGCACGCCAUGCCUCAUGUUACGAAAGAGACUGAGCAGUUGCUAUGCUGAACUGCUGAAAGCUAGACUGAGCGAUGUGACAUCCAGGCACAAGGACGAUCCAAUGAGGACAAUAUGUGAAAGGUUAGAAGUGGACAUGCCAUUACUAUAAAUCCAUCAGUCAAGGCAAGGUCAAACACUUGCCCUUAAAACAGGUUUUUGGUAUUCAUGUACACAGAGGACUAAAAGAGCCCACCGAGAUUAGCCUCUAUGUCUCUUUGGUCACUUAUUUGGUAUGUCCAAAGAGAAAUCUGAGAACUAAUGAACUGUAAAAGCAAAAUGUUUUACAUUUUGGAUCAAACGUAAAUGCGAUCUUAGUAAGAAUUGAUUUAGAAGGUAAUUUCAUCUCGUUUCUGCAACUAUACCUGUUGAGCAUGUUGCUAAAAUGCAUUUCAUCCCUAAUCCUACCCCUAUGUGGCUCUACAGCAACCUAUUGUACAUUAACCAUCUGAGAUCUAAGCCCCAAACCCUAAGUUUUGUAGACAAGAAAAACAGGGGUUUUUUUGACAAACGUCAACACAUUUUGAUGUGUCGGUUAGAACCAAUAUGUUCUUUGUCCCCUUAUUGCUAGAAAAAAUGAACAAAUAUUACAUAUUCUGAUAGUAUAGGGUGAUUACCCUCAGAGGGUAAAGAGUACAAUAGUUCUGACUUUUGGUAAGCAGCCAUGUUUUCAUGCUGAAAACUUAUAAAAGGCAGAAUAAAAUCUCCAGACUUCCUGUCUAAAAAUGCGUGAUCAAACAAUUUCCAUAAUGUGCUUAAAUCUGGUGCUUUUUUCUUCCUAAAUCACCUAAAGUCCACCUUUAAAGACCCCACAUCUUCAGAUUGUAUGGGUCUUUCUUGUUAGAAGCUUCAAGCCCAAAACUGAAUUUUAUGAAGAAGCUCAAAGGAAUUAUGAUUCGGUUUUGGAAAGCUCCUCCAGAAUCACAAGAGAGAUUAUAGAAGAGUUUUCAGUCUGUGUCACCAAUAAAUUUAUGGAAAACUUUGAUGGUCCAUUACAGGACCAUUGUAAGGGUAGUCCUUCAAAACAUUAUGAUGGAUAAAUGGAUAUACUGAUCCUAUACAUGUCCCCCUGAGGUGAGAGUGUUAUCCUUGAUGAUGUCAUAUCUCUAAGUCUAACAACGGCCAAUAAGAUGUUUUCAGUUUUUGAAAACCUGCAGGGCAGGGCGGAGGUCUUGUGCCAUAUCAUUCUAAGACUCAUUAUUUCAUACAAAAAGAAAAAGAAAACAAAAAAACAUGAGCCAAGAAAGACUAUAAAGUUGUCAUGAGUAAGCUUUUCAUAAUGUUGCUGCAUUGUACAUCCGACAUGUAGACCAGAAGAAAAAGACUUUCUUUACAUGGUAAGGAAUACAUGCCAAAAUGGAAAGCUUGUAAAUUCAAUAUACAGAGAAGUUGUGUGUGUCACUUUGCAAAAUGUAUGCCAAAAUUGGAGUCAUCCAACACUGGAGCGUUCAACAUUCAGUUUAAUUUGUGUAUAAUAAUAUUUGGCCUUCCCUUGUAAUAUGAAAAAAACAAAACAAACACAGAAAUGAAGACUUUACUUUUAAAAAUGAGGAAAUGGAUUUUUAAUCAAACAGAAUGUCAUGCCUCUUUCCAGACUCGUGUCUUCACAAAGCAGGAGAUGUUUCAUGUUCAGAUGAUUACCAACUGGGCUGCAGCGCUUUCAUGCUCUGAAGAAAAACAUGUAGCCUUGUUCCAGAGUCAGACCUCAUGAGACAAAUAUGCACUCUAUGAAUCCAUGGCAAACAUGCUUGUUUACAUGUCCUUCCUCCUAGCUGUUUCUGAUGGGUUGAAUAGUAGACAAGUAGCAUAUUCCUCAAAGGCAUUCACAAGAUGACUGUUGAAUAAUCCUGUUUGUAAUUUGUUGUACUUGACGAUCCAGAAGGAUCUCUCUCUGCAGGCAAAAGGAUAAAAGAAAGGUCAAAUGGUUACAAAUCAUCAACUCCAUAACAAGAUGUAUGUGAACUGUAAUAAGUUUAUGUUAUACAAGAAUUUGCAAUUUUUAUUCAUGUCAGUACUUUCAGUAUCUAACAGAUUUAAUAGAAGAAUGACACAGUUUUCCAAUUAAAGGGUAAAGGUUUGCUUAGCCCCACAACACAGGCCAGGCCUUUAGUUGUCUAAUCUUACAUUGAUAAGGGCAGCAGGUGUGGUGGCAAAUCUUAGAUUGUAAUUGAUCCAAAAGUAAAUAAUUAAUUCAUUACUUAAAAGAAUUCCAUUAAACAAAUUUCUCAUUUCUAGCUAACAACGGUUACUGGCUUAAAGAACAACAGUCAAAGGCUAACUAACUUGAUGGCUAUUUGACAUAAACAUUAGCUAAAAUAUUCUCUAAAUUAUUUUUUAUUAAUCAUAGCUGAGUCAUGUCAAAAUUACUUGUUGGAAUGAAUUCUGUCUGUAAAAUGCAGAGGUGAACUGUGAAUGCUAACAAUAGCAUUUGCCUUGUUUGUGUCACUAUAAUAAACCAGUAGCUGAAGCGAGCUAUUGCUUUAGUGGCUAGUAUUUUUUUUAAAGAAACCCUAUCGCUGACACUUAAUGGAUAAAGUGUGCAUAUAUGGUUGCUAAUAAACAGCUAAAUUGAAACAGGGAAAGCAAAACAACAGGUUUCCUAAUGAGAUGUAAUUGUCCAACACCCAUGGCUCUGUUAAAUGGGGAUUAGGUGUCACUGUGGUUGCCAGUGUUUGUUCGUCACUGGUAGUCUCUUACAAAACAACCUUUAACCAAAGUAUGUUCAGCAAAACACACCAAAAGUAAGGGUGAAGUAGAUGAACAUUUAUCAAGAGUUUUAAGAACAGACACACUCAAGCGGAUACAAAAAGUUAUUGAUUUAUUAGAGAGAUAUGAAAAGGCUUUUAAUGAAGCAACUGGUUGCUACAAACAACUUCAUGCUUGAAGACAAAGGCUACAGCUAACAAGCAUAAAGUUAGCUUCUUCACCAAAUAAAAACAUUGGUCUUAUCAACUUAGUCUGUUCAGUUCAUACCUUAUAGGGAAUAAUGUCAAUAGGACUCUUAUUUUUUCUUCCUUUUAAUGCUAGGACAGUAAGAUGUCUGUUAAAUGUGACGUUAUCUUGGGUGAUGCUAGCUAGGGUUGCUACAGUAAAUGUUAUUGGAUCUAAUGGACAACACUGCUAACACUAGCUUAAACUCUGAUAGGAUCAACGUCACAGAUAGUGUAUAUACAACUAAGUGGAUGUGCUAGUGAUAAAAGGGGCAUUGCAUUAUUUAAAAAAUUAGCUGCUUGGCCUUUUAGGUAACAACUGUUGGUUAAGCUAAUGAUUGUAUCUUAUGUUAGCGAUGAGAAACACACCUUAACUCAUUUGUCAUGGAAUGGCACCGAUAAGGAACCACCUUAAACUCUGGAAAUACGUCUUUCCACAUUGUGAACAAACCCAAAGCUUGAAAGACCUUUUGUGCUGCGUUACAGUUGCUAAGCUGUGAUUGAACAAUCAUUAAACAAGCCGUGAUUUUUCACAAGCGGUCAGCGCUACUCGUUCUCUGAUACACUGAAUAUUCUAUUUUCUGUAUUCAGUACCCUUGUAGUGUCAGAUUUUGACACUGAUGUUAGGAGUGAUGAUUCUUAAUGUGUAAAAUUACCAAAAUAUUUAUGACCACUUUCCACCUGCUCCAGGCCUGUCAGCUGUGCAGGGACAACAAAGAAAGAGAAAACUGAAGGUAAAGGAAAGCCGUCCUCUAAAUGAACCUUUUUCUUGCAAUGGAGAAUGAAAGUAUGAGUUGAUAACACCCCCUCCGAUUCAUGCUCUCAUUGAUUAACUCAUAACCAUGUGCCAUAUUUUAUCUUGCGAGACAUACAAGACAAAAAAACAACAAAAAACAAAAGAAAAAAACUAUUGUGUGACAUAUGCUUCUAAUGAUGAAGUUGGUUUUCCUUCCUUUUCAUUUGUGAAUCAUAUUGUGUAAACAAGAAUCUUUGGUGAACAAAGUCAAGGCUACUAGUGUUACUAGAGUGCUGAUGCUGCAAUCUGUUACUAUGUGGAUGUAUGAAUAUGUAUGUGAGAAAUAAGAAUACUUUGAUCAACUGUUACAGGUACUUUAUAUAAAAACCUUUACAAGCA